AUGUUGCUUUUCCGAAGCAUUUUGGGGGGUCUCCUACCCUUCUUAGCCACCGGCAUCUCUUUGCAAGGUAGACCCUUCGCCUUCUCUUUGGAGAGUUCAGCAUCUUUGGCCUGUGGAAGAUUUGAAGAGUUCCGUAGCUGUGGGCCCAACUGUCCACCCACCUGCGACAAUUUAAAAGAAACGGUUUGCUGCGAAGUGACCUGCGUUACUGGAUGCUUCUGCGUGGAUGGAUACAUCUUGGAAAAGGACCCGAGGACAGGACCCAGGAACUGCAUACCUAUUAACGAAUGCCCAAGCCCGGGUGUUCUAUCUUUCGAACUUCCCUCCCUUACAACAUCUGAAAGGGUUGGAAAUGUCAAUAUCAAAGUAGUCCGCCUAAAUGGAACUUACGGUCCCAUCAGCGUCCGAUACAGGGUGUUGAGUACUGAAGCCCCUUACGCUGGUUUGAUAGGACAGUUGGAAUUUUCCAAUGGGGAGCCCUUCAGGAUCAUCGAGCUUCCGAUCCAAGAUAACAACAUUAGAAACCCGGAUCUCACAGUCCAGCUGGAGUUGUUUGAGCCUUCCAAAAAGACAAAUAUCGUGCAUGGAGUAUGCAUUCUCACCAUUGAGGAUGACGAUCUGACUCCCGGUUAUUUGGAGCCGGAGAAAACUCAAUUCAGCGUUCCAGAGAACGUUGGUUCAGUGCGCGUUCCGGUUCACCGGCGAGACGGAUCAGACGGACGGAUCAGAGUAAAAUACCGCACAGUUCCAGACUCGGCCUCUCCCGAUGUGGACUUUACUCCCCAAAUCGGAGAACUCGUCUUCGAGGAAGGACAAAUCAUUGACUUCAUCACAGUAAACAUCGUCGAUGAUGAAAUUCGGGAAGCACCAGAAAAGUUCAGGAUCGAACUCUUCGAUAUCGACUAUGGAUCUAGAUUGCUCAAUUUCAGGAAACGAACUUCUGUUCUGACGGCGGAUGUUACCAUCGUCGACAAUGACAUGAAACCAGGAAUUUUGUUGUUAGAGAAACCUUCCUAUACUGCUUAUGAAAACGGAGGAACCAUAGAGCUCGCUGUGGUUCGACGGGAAGGACAAGAUGGACAAGUUAGGGUGAGAUUCCAGACGAUACCUCAGAGCGCACAGGUCGGACAAGACUUUGAGACUCAAAUGGGUGAUCUCGUUUUUGAAGAAGGAGAACUUCGCAAGCAGAUUCGAAUAAAAAUCCAGGACGAUAAUGUGAGGGAACCGGAGGAAAUCUUCGAGGUGCGGCUUCUCGAUCCCACGCCCGGUCCUGGCACCAUCAACUUUAGAGGACUGGGAAUUACUCCGAUUACGACGGUCACCAUCAUCGAUGAUGACAUGAAUGCAGGCGUUCUUGAAUUAGAAAGAGGCAUUUAUGAAGUAAUGGAAGAUGUGGGAGUAGUGAGAGUGAACGUUGUACGGACAGGAGGGCAGGACGGACGGAUCACUGUACAGUACCAAACAAAGAGCCUCACUGCGAACGAGAAUCGGGACUUCGUUCCAGUGUCCGGAGAGCUCGUCUUUGAGGAAGGCGAGCUGAGGAAGAGCAUCGAGGUGCGGAUCCAAGACGACAAGGAGAAAGAACCCCUAGAGACCCUCGAAGUCCUGCUGCUGAACCCCAUCCCCGGACCAGGAAUCUUAAAAUUCAGAGGAUUCGGAUCAAUUGAAAAAGCAGUUAUUAGGAUAGUGGACAACGAUAUGACCCCAGGAAUUCUAGUUCUCGAAAAGGAUUCAUUUGAAGUCGGAGAAAGCGACGGAGUUAUCCAGAUAGGCGUCGUGCGAUUGGAUGGCGUUGAUGGUCAGAUCCAGGUGCAUUACCAGACAGUCCCCAAGACAGCUGCAGCCGGAAAGGACUUCGAAAGUGUAUCGGGAGACCUGGUCUUUGAACCAGGACAGACAAGGAAGACCAUCCCCAUCCGCAUCUUAAAUGACGAUAUAAGGGAGCCUUCCAAAUAUUUCGCCAUUCAACUUAUGGAUCCAAUUGCUGGAGUAGGAGUCAUCAAUUUCAGAGGAUUGGGCCAGAUACCAGCAGCUGUAAUAACAAUCUUAGAUGAUGACAUGAGGCCUGGUUCUUUUAUGCUGGAGAGACCAUAUUAUGAAAUUCGGGAAAGUGCUGGAAAUAUUAGAAUCGGAGUGGUUCGAGUUGGCGGUAAUGACGGCCAGAUACUUGUCAAGUACCGGACGGUGCCAAAGAGCGCUCAAAUGAAUCAGGACUUCGUGCCUUCUGAAGGGGAGUUAAUAUUCGAAGAAGGACAGAACAGAAAAGACAUCAUUAUCCAAAUCGUAGACGAUGACAUAAGGGAGCCUAUCAAAGAUUUCGAAGUGCAACUGUUGGACCCGUCUCCAGGUCCUGGAGUCAUUAACUUCAGGCGAUUCACGUCCAACCCAACAUCGAUAGUUUCAAUCAUAGAUGAUGACAUGAGACCAGGCAUCUUACAGUUCGAAAGACCUUCCUACGAGAUAUUUGAAAACGUUGGAACCCUUACUAUCCGAGUCGUUCGACUGCACGGCACGGACGGCGAGAUACGAGUGAAGUACAGAACGGUAGCUACCAAUGCUGUUGUGAACCAAGACUUUGUACAUUCAGAGGGUGAACUGAUCUUCAAUGAAAGAGAAGACAAAAAAGACAUCACUAUCCGAAUCGUUGAUGAUGAUAUCAGGGAACCCACUAAAGCUUUCCAGGUGCAAAUACUAGAUCCAGAACCCGGACUUGGAGUCAUCAACUUCCGGGGACUUGGACCCUUGACAACUACACUAGUGACCAUUAACGAUAACGAUAUGAAGCCUGGUUCUUUUAUGAUCAAAGAACCUUCUUAUGAUAUCCCUGAGAGGGUGGGAAUCAUUAAAAUCCCUGUGUUCCGAGUCGGCGGCAGUGACGGUAAAAUACUCGUCAGGUACCGGACGGUGCCAAAAAGUGCUCAAGCGAACCAAGAUUUCGUGCCUUCUGAAGGGGAGUUGGUGUUCGAGGAAGGGCAAACCAGUAAUGACAUCACUAUCCAAAUCAUAGACGAUGACUUGAGGGAGCCUACAGAAAAGUUAGAAGUGCAGUUAUUGGAUCCUACUCCAGCUCCGGGAGUCAUCAACUUCGAGGGAUUCAUAUCAAACCCAACAGUGGUGAUUUCGAUUAUAGAUGAUGACAUGAAGCCGGGUAUCUUGAAUCUCGAAAAAACAUCUUAUGAGGUGACAGAAAGCAGCAGAACAGUAACGAUCGGAGUGGUCAGAUUGGAUGGCUCAGAAGGCGAGAUAAGGGUGAAGUACAGAACGAUUGCGAAAACAGCCCAGGCCAACCAAGAUUUCGUGUACUCGGAGGGCGAAUUGGUUUUCGGAGAGGGAGAGAACAGAAAAGACAUCACCAUUCAAGUCAUUGAUGACGAUGUUAGAGAAAUGACCAAAACAUUCGAAGUUCAACUCUUGGACGCCACACCCGGGUUUGGUGUUAUCAACUUCAGGAGAUUUACAACCAACCCAACAGCAUUAGUUACCAUCUUAGACGAUGACAUGAAACCAGGAACAUUCAAGCUGGAAAGGCCUUCUUAUGAAGUGUUCGAAAACGACGGCACCAUUACCAUCGGAGUAAUUAGAACGGAUGGUACAGACGGUGAGAUAAGCGUAAAAUACAAGACGAUACCGAAAACCGCACAAUUCUACAAAGACUUCAUACCUGUUGAGGGCGAAUUAGUUUUCGGUGAAAAACAGAAUAGGAAAGAUAUAGUCAUUAAGAUCGUCGAUGAUGAAGUUAGGGAGAGCACUAAAACAUUCGAAGUACAACUGUUGGAUCCCAAACCUGGAGUGGGAGUUAUCAAUUUCAGAAGAUUCAUGUCCAACCCAACAGCAGUUAUUUCUAUUAGAGAUAAUGACAUGAAAGCAGGCAUAGUGCAACUGGAAAAGCAUUCAUAUGAGGUGUUGGAAAGCGUCGGAACCUUCAAAGUCGGGGUUGUUCGAUUAGAAGGCACAGACGGCGAGAUUCGAGUCAGGUGUAAAACGAUAGCCAGCGAUGCUGUGGUGAACCAGGACUUUGUGUUCGUUGACAGUGAACUGAUUUUCAAGGAGGGAGAGAACAGAAAGGACAUCACCAUUCAGGUCAUUGACGAUGAUGUCAAAGAACCCUCUAAGACAUUUGAGGUUCGACUUAUGGAUCCCAGACCAGGACAGGGAGUCAUCAACUUUAAAGGAAUUGGUCCCGUAAAAGCCACAGUAAUAACCAUCAUAGAUGAUGACAUGAAACCGGGCGCAUUGCAGCUUAAAGAAGGAAUUUACCAGUUCUUUGAGAACGUGGGAACAGUGCAGAUACCAGUGGUGAGGGUCGGUGGUUCAGAUGGUCAAGUUCGCGUAUUCUACCGGACAGCGCCAAAAACUGCCUUGACAGGAACUGAUUUCGUAUUCUCUAACGGCGAGAUUGUUUUCAGAGAGGGGGAAGCAGAAAAAUUCAUAGAGAUACAAAUCUUGGACGAUAAGGUGAGGGAGGAGACAAAAAGUUUUGUGAUUGAGCUGUUGAAUCCCCAGGCUGCUGAAGGAGUUGUCAACUUCAGAGGAUUUGGACAAAGACCUAUGGCAGAGGUGUACAUUCUAGAUGAUGACAUGGCACCUGGGUUUUUGGAGAUUGAACAGAGCUCUUAUGAAGUCCCGGAAAACACUGGGCAGGUUCAGAUCAGCGUGAUUAGACUGGACGGCAAAGAUGGUCAAAUCAAGGUCAGAUACAGGACAAUAGCCAGAUCUGCCGAGGCUCAGACGGACUUCCUGCCUGUUGAAGGAGAGCUAGUUUUCGAAGAUGGAGAAGACAGAAAAUUCAUCGUUGUUCAGAUUUUGAACGACAAUGUCAGGGAAUCCGCUGAGGUGUUUGAUGUUCAGUUAUCCCAGCCCACUGCAGGCCAAGAAGUCCUUAAUUUCAGAGGUCUAGGAUCAAGAUUCACGGCAGCAGUGACGAUUCAAGAUGAUGACACAACGCCGGGAAUUUUAGAAUUCGACAGAACUACGUAUUUUGUUCAGGAAAACGAAGGGCUAAUGCAAGUAGUUGUCGUUCGAAAAGAUGGUUCCGAUGGACAAAUUCGGUGCCAGUACCAGACCAGACCCAAAAGUGCGGUGCCCGGAAGUGAUUUCGCACCUGUCCAAGGGGAGUUGGUCUUUGAGCAUGGCGAGACCACCAAAGUCAUUCCGAUCCAGAUCCUGGAAGACAGCAUCAGAGAGACCACGGAGAGCUUCGAGAUUGUGCUGAUGGAACUCACCCAAGGUCGACAGAGAGUUCUAGGACAAAUUCAGACGACUGAAGUAGUCAUCAGCGAUAACGACCUGAAACCCGGGUUUGUGGAGUUCGAAAAAACCUUCUAUGAUGUUUCAGAGAGAGAUGGAACUUUAAAUGUAAUAGUGAAGAGAGUGGACGGUACAGACGGGCAGAUCCGAGUAGGGUAUGUGACCACGCCCAAAACUGCUCUGCCAGGAUUCGACUUCAUCCCCAUCCAAGGUGAACUGAUCUUUGAGGACGGCGAAAAGAGCAAGGCACUACAGAUUCAGAUACGAGACGAUAACCAGAAAGAAUCAAUGGAAAAUUUUGAAAUAGAAUUGGUGAAUCCUGAUACAAGACUGAGUUUCAGAAACUCGGGACAAAAACUUAAGGCUCUUGUGACCAUUAAUGACGACGAUUGGACACUUGGCUUCUUCGAAUUUGAGAAGGUAUCUUACACAGUAAUGGAAAAUGAAGAAACAGUAAAUGUAAAAGUUAUCAGAUUGGGCGGUUCGGAUGGACAAAUCAGCGUCGGUUAUCAGACCAUACCUCAGACCGCUCAACCAUCCUCAGAUUUCCAACCUAUAUCAGGACAGCUUGUUUUCGACAAUGGAGAGACAGAGAAGAUUAUCCAAGUGCCAAUCCUGAACGACGGCGUCAGAGAAAAGACAGAAACUUUCGAAAUUCAGCUCCUAGACCCGACGCCACCCCAAGGAUUCCCCAACUUCAGGGGAUUGGGCCAGAAACGCUCGGCGGUUGUCACCAUUUUUGAUGAUGACGGUAAUCCGGGUUUCCUCGAACUCGAAGAACCUACUUACGUCGUAUCGGAAGGCAUCCGCACUCUGCAUGUUGUUGUCAAGCGAAAGGGUGGAAGCGACGGAAGAGUCAAGUGCCGUUACCAGACGACGGCAAAGACUGCCCUUGCUGGAAUCGACUUCGAGCCCGGAACUGGAGAAUUGAUCUUCGAGGAUGGGGAGACGGAAAAAACUAUCGAUAUACGAAUCUUCAAUGACAUGAUCAAAGAAUCCAUCAAAAGCUUCGAGGUCCAGUUGCUGGACCCACUGCCCGCUCCAGGAAUCGUCAAUUUCAGAGUGAUUGGAUCUAGAAUGAAAACUCUGAUCACCAUUGCUGAUGAUGACACAAACCCUGGUCUCGUACAAAUGGCAAGACCCGUUUACGACUUCAGAGAGACCGAUGGAAUUGUUAACAUUCCUGUGAUGCGAGUGAAUGGCAGCGAUGGGCAAAUCCAGGUCAGGUAUCAGACAGUAUCUAGGACAGCAAAAGAAGGGAUCGACUUCAGACCUCUCUCCGGCGAACUGAUCUUUCAGGAUGGAGAGAUUGAGAAGACUAUCCCACUCCAGAUUCUGAAUGACCGUGAGAAAGAACCCACCGAGAGCUUCGAGGUCAGGUUGCUGGAUCCUACGCCAGGACCGGGAGUUCUGAAUUUUGGCGGAUUGGGAUUCAACACUUAUUCUGUGAUUAAAAUCCUGGACGAUGAUAUGCAACAUGGUUUCUUGCAACUGGGCAGUCUCAAUUAUCACUCAACAGAAGGCUCGGGAAAGAUGUCAAUCAAAGUGGUCCGAGUGAACGGGAGAGACGGAACAAUCCGAGUCCGCUACCAGACAGUGCCACAGACGGCCAUUCCCGGUAUAGACUACAUCCACACGUCAGGAGAACUGGUCUUCGAGGAUCAACAAACCGAGAAAGAGAUCUUCGUCCAGAUCCUCGAUGAUCGCCGUAAGGAAGAUACUAAGACCUUCGAAGUCCAUCUGGAAGACCCAGUGGUCGAAGGAGAGGAUGUCACCUUCAGAGCACUCGGAGGGAGAAGCAUAGCAUUGAUCUCAAUCGUGGAUGACGAUCAUCCUGGCAAAUUCGAGUUCCGAGAGACUCGAACAAGUGUCCAUGAAGGAUCGGGGAGAGUAACUCUAACCAUCUUGCGAACAGACGGAAGUGAUGGGUUCGUUUCAUUGCAACUACGCGCAAUAGAUGGCAGCGCGCGUCAAGAACAAGACUACCGCCUUCGAAGCACCGCCAUCAAUUUCAGCAAUGGUGAAACAGAAAAGACUGUAGACAUAGUCAUCAUAGAUGAUAACAUCCGUGAAGGCGACGAGCAUUUCAAAGUGGGAUUAUUCGAUCCAUCCAAUUCAGCCAUCAUAGGACAAAAAAGUAUUUUUGAAGUGAUUAUUCUUGAUGAUGACGAGAGACCAUCAAUUCCUGCAUCUCAAGGACCUUUCAUUUAUUUUCCUGAAACUUCUGUAACUGUUCCACUAGAAUCCCCAGUUGUCUAUUUUAAUAUCAGACGAGAAGGAAAUGAUUGGGAAAAACUGAACCUUUUCAUGGAAACUCUGGAUGGCACUGCUCGCGAGAAUGUCCAUUACAAGAAAACUAAAGGAAAUGUUACAUUUGAACUCAACGACAUGGAACUUAGAAUGUCAGCGAACUUGAUAGACAACCCGAAUCGAGCAGGAAAAUCAUUCAAGCUUAGGCUAUACGAUCCUGAAAGGGGAGUCAUACUUAGAGGAAGAGAAAUUCUUACUGUAAUCCUAGGUGGAUCGAAUAAAUCUGCGGAGUCGCAAAUCUCUUUCCAUCAACGUUUUGAAACAUCAGUUUCUUCUUCGAGCGGUAGAAGAACAGAUUCAAUAAAACUUGCUGAUCUUUCCGCUGGAGUCUCCAGUGCAAACAUUCAGCUACCAGCAAUACGAACUCAAGGACUGCCAUCUUCAAACCUACCCCUUCCAGGAUCAGGACAAUCAUCUUUUCCAGCUUUACCACCUCCUCAGAGACAACGUCGCAAACCACCUCAAGGACAAGAAGAUUGUGAACCUGGAUUGAUCUUCAAGUCAUGCUUCUUUGGUUGUCCUGAGGUUUGUAAUUUGAUUGCUGACCCCAUCUGCUCGAAAAGUUGUACUCCUGCUUGCGUCUGUCCCAGCGGUCUUAUACUCGAAAGUCUGCACUCCUCGAAAUGUGUCCCACGUUCGCAAUGUCCAAAUAGUGGUGGAAGAGGAACUGGAAUCGUUGGUGGUGGCGGUGGUCUCCUCGGAGGUGGUGGAGGAGGUCUCGUAGGAGGACUUCUCGGUGGUGGCGGAGGACUAAAUGUUGGAACGAGCGUCGGUGUUAGUGGAAGUGUAAGGACAGGAGGAAUCGUCAGUAGUGGUGGAGGAGGUGGAGGAAGUCUCCUAGGGGGACUCGGUCUCCUCGGUGGUGGUGGCGGUGGAAUAAAAGUUGGAACGAACGUCGGUGUUAGUGGCGGUGGAAGAGCUGGAGGAAUCGUCAGUAGUGGUGGAGGAGUAAAAGUAGGAACAAGUGUCGGUGUUGGAGGGGGACUAGUGGGAGGAUUGUUAGGUUGA